ACGUAUUUUGUUCUGAGGGAAGUCAGUUUUGCAAAUUUAACACAUACGAAUGGCCCAAUACCAAAACUCUCCAAAACAUGUCAUGUAGCUAGGAACCAGAAAGAAAAAAGAAAACAAGAAUAGCUCUCUUUUCAACUCAUUCAUCCUGUUACUGUUUCUUCCAACAACCGGAGAGGCGAAGAAAAUGUCUGUGGUUCCAGAUUCUCUGAUCACUUAUCUGCUAGACAACCUUACACAGAUACUCGAAUAUAACUAUCAUAUAUAUGCCGAUGUGAAGGGCAAUUGUGAGUCGCUUCAAGGCGAAGUUGAGAAGCUGAAAGGGCUGAUGCAGGAUUUUCAAAAGUAUAAUUACGACAGCGAUUACCUUAAAAUACUGAGGAAGCAAAUAAGAGAAACCGUUGAUGAAGCCAGUAAGGGUGUUGCUUCUUACGUUGACCUCGUGAAACGGCACAAACAGGGCAAAGGGUUCUUGUCCAAGGCUCUGGAUAAGCUGAGUUUCGGGAAAAGUGUUCGGAAAAAGGCGCUGAAGAUCUCUGAUACCCUCGACAAAAUCAAGAAUCUGAAUGAGAAGGAUAUCCCUAAUGGCAUUCAAUUUCUGAAACAACAAGCAGCUACACAACAGGGUCAACCGGCGACUAAAACAGAGCCUCGAAACGUAGAGGAGGUCCAUGUCAUAGGUUUCGAAGAUGCAGUCAAAGAUGUGAAGAAACUUAUCACAGGAGGGUCGGAGGAUUUCGAACCAAUUGCAAUUGUCGGGAUGUUAGGCAUUGGGAAAACUACGCUAGCCAAGAUGGUUUUGCGUGAGCUAAAUGAGAUUGAUUACAAGAUUCGAGCCUUCGCCAGGGUUUCGAAAGAAUUUGAGAAGAAGAAAGUGUUCCUCACAAUCUUGAGCUGUUUUACAACAGUGACUGAUGAACAGAGUAAGAUGUCAGAAGAUCGGCUUGAAACGCUUCUUCGUGAUACAUUGGCGUCGGGAAGUGAACGGUUUGUGAUCGUGUUCGAUGAUGUUUGGGACGAAAGGGAUUGGAAUAGGUUGAAAGGUGGUUUCCCCAAGAAAGAAGGUUGUAGAGUCAUUAUAACUACUUGCCAUAAUCAAGUGGCGGAGCGUACAAAUUCAAGGAUUUAUGAGUUGCAACUUUUGCCACUGAAUGAUUGUCGGAAGUUACUUUCUUGGAAAGUGUUUGGCGAGAAGAAGUGCUCAUCGGUGGAGAAUUUGCCCGAGUUUACACAGAUUGCGGAAAAAUGUGAUGGAUUACCGCUAUCAAUAGGGGCUGUUGCAGAAGCUCUCCUGGAACUUGGGGAGGUGGAAUAUUCUGAUCCGUGGAUAAAAGUGGCUAAUUCAAACGUGAGUUAUUACCCUGUCCGGGAUAAAGAAACAAAGGAAGCCAUAAACAAGAGAUACUUAACCUUGGAAAAAGACUUAAGGAAUUGUUACAUUUAUCUCGGGGUGUUCCCGGAAGGCUUUGAGAUUGAGGUGUGGAAAUUGCUGCGAUUGUGGAUAGCUGAAGGGUUCAUUAGAGAGGAAGAGGAAGAUGAUGAUAUAGCCGUCGAGGAUAAGGCCGAAAAGUACUUGAAAGAACUCAUUCGUAAGAAUUUAGUGAUUGUCGAGAAAAGGAGGUCAAAUGGGAAUGCAAAAACUAUUCGGCUCCAAAGAAUGCUUCGUGAGUUUUGCCGGGUUAAAGCAAGGGAAGAGCAACUUUUUCACGAAAUCAACCAGCUGGUGAAUAAGCAUUCCGGCCGCUUAGAUUUGGAUCAUUGUUAUCGCCUUUGCAUCAACAAGGUGAUCAUUGAUGAUAAUCUAAAGUACAACCACUCGGAUCAUCUUCGCUCUUUCUUAGCGAUCCCGGAUAACUACAUUCCAGAUGCAGAACCGGCAGCAUUGCCGCAGCAGCUUGUGUCUUCCAUUCCGGAGAAGUUCAAGAACGUUAGGGUGUUGGAGAUUCAGUCACUCAUUUCCGGGACUUGUUCGGAUGAGUUCUCCAAACUGGUUCUCUUAAAAUACAUGGCAAUAUCCUCUGACUUUGGAGCUCUUCCAUGGGAAACAACAGCUAACUUAGAGCACCUGCAAACGCUUGUGAUUAAAACCACCUCUCCCACUCUUCAACUCCACUCAGGUAGAUUGGCGAUGCCAAAUUUGAAGCAUUUAAGGACCAAUGUUCCUACCAACAUGGCGCUGAAUACGGAUCCUAAAAACCAGAAAAAGAAAGGGAAGGCUUUGGUAGGCAAGAAUCUUGAAACCUUAUCCACCUUGGCCCCUGAAAGUUGUACACAGGAUGUGUUUGAUCAGACUCCAAAUCUCAAAAAAUUGGUUAUUGGUGGGAAGUUAGCCGAGCUUUUCAAAGCCGGGUCACCCGGGGAUAAACCUCUGCUUGACAAUCUUAACAAAUUGAGCAAGCUGAGGAUUUUGAAGCUACUGAAUGUUGUUGAUGGAUCAGACCCCAAAUCAUACAGCCUUCCUUGGGAGGAGAGAUUCUUCCCGCAACAAAUAACGCGACUCACUCUAUCAAACACUCGGCUGAAAUGGGAAGAGAUGUCCAAACUUGGGAAGCUGAUACGCCUUGAGGUUCUCAAGCUGAAUGACAAUGCAUUUCGAGGGCCGAUUUGGACAAGUGUCAUGGGGGACUUUCCAUGUCUGAAGUACUUGCAGAUUGACCGGACAGAUUUGAUGACCUGGGAGGUUUCAUCGGGAGAUCAUUUCCCGUCUUUAAUCACGAUUAAAUUCAAAAACUGUCAACACCUUCUUGAGAUUCCGCGCUGCCUCGAACAUUUCUCGAACCUCCAAUGGUUAGUCCUCGAAAACACCACUGAAUUGGCCGCGAAAUCUGCCAGGGCUCUUGAGCUAUUGAUGCUUCAGCGGGCACAAAAAGGCAACAAUAUGAACUAUUUUCAGCUCCAAGUCUCUCCAGAUUAUUAUUAAAUAGCUGCCAAAAGAUACGCUAAUUGUCAGGGGCGGAACCAGGACUAAAACUCUGGAGGUGCUCCACUAUAAAUAGAUUUUUUUUUUUGCACGAAUUAAAUGUAAUAAUGCAUGCAUUUUCAUUAAAAUUUUAUUUCCAAAAAAGCUUUUAUAUGGUACUCCCUCUCCC